AGAUUUCUAUUGACAAGUUCUUGAAUCUGGUGCAGCCAUCCAUGACAUUCAGUGAACCGUUCAACUGGUCAGGAUUUAUGAUGAACAUUCAAACAGUAAUCAAUGACUUCCCACAAAUGUUACAAGCCAUACAACUACCUGCAAGUAUUGAAACAUUCCUCGGCUUGAGGCAGAGCUUCAGUGACUUAGCUGCUGCCUGGGCAAGUGUACAGCUACCAGGCAUGUCCUCCGACCCAGUACAGGAUAUCACUAAUCUGCUCAUUCAGGCAAUGCCACUCGUCGAAGCAACCGAGUACUGGGAUGAGAUCAGACCUGUCCUGGA